AUGGCUAUUCUUCCCGCAAAUUCACCUCAGGCAAAGCGGGAAGGGCCAUCAGAGGUGAAAAGAAGUAAAAUGGUUUUGGCUUUAACCAAAACAAAUAUUAAGAAACAAGCACCACAUAAUGUUGCUGUGAAGUCUGAAAGCUGCAAAAGGCAGAGAACCACAGUUGACAAUGAUGAAGUUAAAUCUAAAUCCAUGAUGAGAGCAAAUGACAUUCAAGCUAAUCUAGCACCUGAAUUUCCUAGCUUGAUAAAGUAUAUGCAGCCUUCACAUGUUAGUGGAGGAUUUUGGCUGGGUCUUUAUAAGAAAUUUUGUGAUGAACACUUGCCAACUGAGGAUACAGUGAUUGUUUUGGAAGAUGAAAGGGGAAAAAGUUCUAAAACAAAAUAUCUUGCGAACAAGAAGGGUCUCAGUGGUGGAUGGAGAGGGUUCUCCAUUGAUCACAACUUAUCAGAGGGAGAUGUGUUGGUUUUUCAUUUAGUAGAACCGACGAAAUUUAAGGUCUACAUUGUGAGAGCAAACAGUUCAGAAGAAUGGGAUUUUCCUCUUGCCCUUUCGAAAUUUGGUGCUAGUGUUAAGAAAAUGAAUUCUUUCAUCGGCACAGAUCAUGCAGAGGCAAGUGAAGAAAUGGAAUAUCAGGAUUUGGAACACCUCUAUCUGGACAAUCCUGAAGGGAACAUUCAAGGGAAUAACACGACACCCGGUGUAACUAACCUUGCACUUACACCGGAUCAUUCUAAAAAUAAAAGUAAAGAUUUUGGCUUUGAAAUCACAGAUGGAAUCAGAAUGUCAGAAACUGCGAUUGAUUUUAAAGAAGUGAAAAGUUUCGACGAUUUCGACAUCCUCGUAGAUGGUUUAGUUAUUAACUGUGAGCUCUCCAAACACCUUCAAUUGAAGUACUAUGAGCUUUGCCGCAGUCAAAAUUCUUUUCUCCACGAAAAUUUUCUCGAGGGCCUUAACUUGAAACUAAUUGCUGGAAUAAUUUCUGAGACUAUAAACAUUGCUGAUGCCAUUAGAGCUUCCAAGAUCACUGCUUCCUAUGAUUAUUUCACAACUUGGGAGAAGACUCUGAAAUCCUUCCGGCGGUUAGGAAUGAAGGUUGGUUUCAUGCUUGCCCGGUUGGAACGACUUAUGAAGUUAUCUGCCAAGUCACAGAGGUAUAAGAAAGCUAGAAACGAAAGAGAUAAUGCCGCCGAGGAGAUGAGAACUCUUGAGGCUAAGCUUUCGGAGGUUAAAGAGACUCUGGAUUGUCUAGAUGUUGAGAUCGAAACAUUGGAGGUGGAUACUGAGAAUCUUGAGCUUAGGUUCCAAGAACUGGCCAAAGCCCCAUGGUGA